UUACCCGAGACCAGAGCCUAUCAUGAGGUCCAAGAUACUGUCAACAAAAGUAGCAAGGUCUUGAAAACUUUGUUCCCUACAAAGUCUUUAGACUUGCUGGCUACCUUAUCCAGAGAAGAACUCAUAGGAUUGCUCGGGAGUGAACCAGCACGGUUUGGCGACUACCUACAACCGAUGAGCUCCGAAGAAGAGCUGAAAUGCAUCGAAUUGUCUCCUCAGCAAGAUUUUGAGUGGGACGAGUCAGUAGCAAGUCAAGACCUCGCAGCAGAUGUAUCGGACGAUGUGAAUGGACUUGCCCUUACUUUGGACAACAAGUCGUCUUAUUUAGGCAUAUCUUCGAUCACGGCCAUCAUUCGAGUUAUUGUUCAAAUCGCUCCAGAUACCAAGACGUGGAUUCUUAACGGCAGUGCUCAAUCUGCGGAUCCAUACCAAGAAUGUCCCAGAGCCAUAAAUGAAGCUCUUCUGCCGGAUGAAAUGCUCUGCAUCAAUGCUUAUUUCACACAUGUCCACAACAGCAAUCCACUCGUCAAUGAAGCGCUUUUUCGGUCAAAAUACUUGAGUGGCCCUCAAAGUGAUUCUCCUUGGAUUGCUCUCCUCAACAUGGUUCUUACCAUGGGAAGCAUUGCAGUGUCGGAUGCUCGGAACCACGCCCAUUUCGUCUUCUACCGGCGGGCCAAUCCACACAUGACACUCGAAAGUCUGGGCGCCGGCCACCUGGAGAUAGUUCAGGCGUUCGCAAUACUGGGCGGAAGCUAUCUGCACUAUUUGAACAAGCCGAACCUCGCCAGCGUGAUUACUGGAGCAGCAUUGCGUAUGGCAGUCGCCCUAGGAUUGCACCUCGAGCCGUCUCAGAAAUCGGAAGACCUCAGCGAUGAUGCCCGUCUUCAAUUUGAAACAAGAAGGCGAACAUGGUGGUGUCUUUUUUGCUUUGAUACAUGGGCAUCGGCAACAUUAGGUAGGCCUAGUUUGGGACGCUGGGAUCCCGGUUCUAUCACCGCGUCCUUGCCCACCGCUUUGGAUCCCGAGGUAAGCAGCGAUUUCGGAGCAAUAUGCCUUCGAACCAGCGUUGAGUUCUGCAAAAUCGGAACUGGGAUUCAAGAUCGAUUUGCAAGAGCCCCUCUUAUUUCCAGUCGCGAAAUUUUGGAAUAUGACACACAACUUCUCCGCUGGGAAUCACAAAUUCCUAGCCAACUGCGAGAAUUGGAAACCAAGAACCCAUCUUUGCGUGCACCGUGUGGGCUAAUGAGAAGCCGUUACCUAAAUCUUCGGCUAGUUCUCUGUAGACCUCGUCUUCUAAUUAGUUGUCUCCGGCAGGAAAAUCGGACUGUCCAACAACCAGAAGAGAGGCAGGUAAUUGACACAUGCAGAGAGAUUUCAGAAGCGACGGUCCAAGAAGUUGCUAAAAGUUGGUUCAAAAACCAGAUCUGGGCCUGGAAUGCAGUCUGGCUGCUGUUCCAAGCAACCAUGAUUCCUUUGCUUGGAUUAUUCUCCGACCCAGACCACGAAAAUGUCCCAAAAUGGCGACAGUCUAUUGAAAAGUCUCUUUCACUGUUUGACGAGAUGAGGGACUUCAGCUUGGCAGCGCAAAGAAGCUGUGAAGUAGUGGCUAGAAUUUACCAGGCGUCUGAGAAGGCUAGGGCGGCUCCUGCAGGUGCCCAGAGGGAGGUGCAGAACGAGUGGACUUGGCUUGAAGGCCAAUUUUGGCCUUUGCAGCAAGAUAUGGACUGGUUCUCUUUCCCGGAGUAUGGAGAUGUCACAUUUGAUAUGGGCUUCCUUGCAGGAGCCCAUGAUCAAAGCCCACAUUGA